UCCAAACUCCAAAACACCACUGGAAACCUAGUAUUGUGUCUUCUUGUCACUCCCAUCUUCUCCUUUUCAAAAACCUCCUUCACAUUUAACUCUAUAACUCUGCCUAUAUCUGUAUCCCUUUCUAUACAUUUUCACUAAUUAGUUACACAGUCUUCUUGCAACAUAGUACAUAUAGAGCCUCAUCUUCUACCUAGAUUUUGUAUCUUAGUUUUUUCACAUAAUCCAUUACAUAGAUAUAUAUAUAUAUAUAUAUACCAUGUCUACCCGAAGGUCACGAUCAAGACAGUCCGGAUCUGCAAGAAUCACCGAUGAUCAAAUCAACGAACUCGUCUCCAAGUUGCAGCAGCUUCUUCCUGAGAUGCACAAUAGGCGCUCGGACAAGAGGUCAGCAGCCAAAGUGUUGCAAGAGACAUGCAACUACAUUAGAAGCUUGCACAGAGAGGUGGAUGACUUAAGUGAGAGGCUGUCUGAACUGUUGGCAAACACAGACACUACUCAAGCAGCUCUCAUCCGAAGCUUACUUACGCAGUAGUUUUUUUUUUUUUUUUUUUUUUUUCCUUUUCAUAAUUUUUGUUUUAAAUUUUAUCAUUUCCUUUUCUAAUUAGUUGCAAUUUUUCGAGUUAUUUGUUUCUAGAGUCUUUAUCGACGGAGGAAUUAAUGUAAUAGAAUGGUAUUUUUCU